AUGAUGCCAAGCUGGCCGGUACGUCUGGGCCAGUCGGUUUUGGCCUUACUGUACGGUCUGACCAGGGUGUUUGGCCUGAUGGCCACCGGCCAUUCGUGUCCUCGGGGCAUCGAGAGGGUGAAAAGGAGCUUGUAUUGGCGCCUCCACGGCUGGGUGAUGCUGAUCUUUGUGGGCGUUUUUUCGCCCUACGCCUUCUUUUGCAUUUUCCAACGGAUGGCCUUCCUGCGCCAGAACCGAUUGCUGCUCCUGAUUGGCUUCAAUCGAUAUGUCCUGCUGCUGGCCUGUGCCUUCGUUACCCAGUGGAUACACUGUUCGAAGCAGAAGGAGAUCAUUGGGUGUCUGAAUCGAUUGCUGAGAUGCCGCCGGCAACUAAGGAGGCUGAUGCAUACGCGGGAGCUAAGGGAUUCACUGGACUGUCUGGCCACCAGGGGGCAUCUGAUGCAAUUGGGCCUGCUGCUGUUUGCCUUCAUCUUCUCAACGUUUCAGCCCCUGCAGGUGCUUAAGGAUGAUCCGGAGGUCAGGCGUAAUCUGAUCUAUGCCUGCUGUUUGGUCUUCAUCAUCACCUGCCAGCUGACCCUGCAGCUUUCUCUGGGCAUGUACACGUUGGCCCUGCUCUUUCUGGGUCAUCUGGUAAGGCACUCGAAUCUGCUGCUGGAGAGGAUUCUUGCGGACGCAGAGCGCAUCUUGGAGGGUAGCAACUUGCAGGCUGGUUAUGGUGCGAAUCGCCAGCAGCUGUACCGGAGCCAGCAGCAGUGGCUGGCCCUGGAGCUGUGGCGCCUGGUACGAGUGCAUCAGCAGCUGCUGAAGUUGCACAGGUCUAUAAGCUCACUGUACGGCGUCCAGGCGGUCUGCUUCGUGGCCUAUGUGCCCAUGGAGUGCAUGAUUCACCUGUUCUUCACCUACUUCAUGAAGUACAGCAAGUUUAUAAUUCGCAAGUACGGCCAUGGCUUCCCAUUAAACUACUAUGCCAUUGCCUUCAUGUCGGGUCUCUUUACGAAUCUUCUGCUGGUGAUUCUGCCCACCUACUACUCGGAGCGGAGAUUUAGAUGGACCAGGGAGAGGCUAAGGUGUGGAAGUCUAACCUUUCCAUCACGAAUCAUUGCCAAGGAGCUCAAGAACACGCUUAACUACUAUGGCCUGUAUCUGAAGAAUGUGGAGUAUAUAUUCACUGUCAACGCCUGCGGACUGUUUAAACUGAACAAUGUCUUGCUGUUCUGCAUAGUACAGGCGAUGCUCGACUACCUCAUGAUACUGAUACAAUUUGAUAAGGUCUUGAACCAGUAACUCGGCCCAGACAAUGGCCAUAAAUAUAUGUGGCCAAUAAAU